GGGACCUCUUGGUCCAUAAGGCCUUCGAAGGUGUAAACUGGUUGCCCCCUCUCAUCCACUGCUGUUGAUUGUCUGUUCACCAACGACUGCGUUAUAUAGACAUUUGUUAAUCUGUACGUACCAUUCGGAGCAGCACUAACUGGUAAAGAUGGCGAGAAUAACGCUAGCGAUACUGAUUUUGGGGUGCUGCACAUGCGCCGUGUGGUCGGUAAACGACCGGUUGCGGGAAGUGUAUAGCUGGCGGCAAUUGGACUUUACGUUCCCGGACCAGAUGACCAGGCAGGCGGCCAUCGCCAGUGGCGAGUAUGUGCAGGCGAACAAUUUGCCACUGGGCCUGGAGGUGUGGCGGGACAAGUUGUUCAUCACCGUGCCCCGGUGGAAGGCCGGAGUGGCGUCCACGCUCAACUAUGUUUCCCUCGGAUCGGGUUCAAAUCAAAACCGUUCGCCGCGGCUGGUGCCCUAUCCGAACUACGCGAUGAACCGGCUGCCGUCCUCCGGCCAACGGUCCACCGACCGGAUCAUCAACACGUACCGGUUGAGCAUAGACGUGUGCGACCGGUUGUGGGUGAUCGACAUGGGCAUCGCGAACGGCACGAAGGUCGGCCAACCGCAGCUGUACGUGUUCGACCUGAACACCGACCGGGUGAUCCGGCAGUACGUGGUGGCCGAGAACCUGAUGCGCGCCGACGGAAACACGUGGUUCCCGGGGUUGGUGGCCGACGCGGAACGGAAGUCGUGCGACCGCGCGUACGCCUAUCUGCCGGACAUCGGCGGCGGCCUGAUGGUGUACGACUACCGGCGGAACUCGAUGCGGCGGAUCGACCACCAUUACUUCUACUUCGACCCGCUGGCCACCGUGUUCAACAUCGGCGGCGUCCGCAUCGAGUGGCCGGACGGCAUGUUCGGCGUCGGGCUGUCCGAACGGCGCCGGGACGGCUACCGGACGCUCUACUUCCAGGCCAUGUCCAGCACCCGGAUGUUCUCGGUGGACACCAGGGUUCUGCAGUCCAACGCCACCGUCCGCGAAACGUUCGACGAGUACCAUCACCUCGGCCACCGUCCCGCCGGCAUGCAGGCCGGCCCGAUGACCACGGACCAGGCGACCGGCACGGUUUUCUACGCGCUCGUCAACCAGGACGCGGUCGGCUGCUUCAACCCGAGACGGCACGACCGACUGUCGGCCGACACGUCGGCCGUGGUGGCGCAGGACCCGGAGACGCUCGAGUUCCCGGCCGACCUCAAGGUGGACUUCGAUUCCAACCUGUGGGUGCUCAGCGACCGGAUGCCCCGGCACCGGUUCCAGGUGCUCAACUUUGACACGGACGACGUCAAUUACCGCGUGUUCAGGGCGCCCGUCGCCGACGUCAUCCGCGACACGGUUUGCGAAUCGCAGCCGACCGGUGGCGACGGCUCUCGGCCGCCGUCCCGUCCCGACCAACCGUCGCGACCUCAGCGGCCCAACGUCGCCACCAACUCGAUGGGAUGGAACACGCCGGGCGACAAGAGAAGCGACUUCGAUUAGGGUUUAUAAUAUUGUAUUAUAAUUCGCGAUACGGCGACGCUAUUCAAUGCAUAUAUUAUUAUUAUUAUUAUUUAUUUUAUUAUAUAUUAUUAUUAUUUAUAUCGUCGCGAGACGAAAUCAAUAUGAACAGUGUGUUUUAAGAAGUAUCGUCGGAACUUACCGACGAACGAUAAUGUGAUUUUAUAUGUUUGUUAUAUUGUAGGUACACCGUUUACCGUGUUAAAGUGUUUAUAGAAACGGCUUUAUUAGAACUGUUCAAUUUUUUUCUAGCUCUAUAGGUAAAUGUCAUAAUAUUAUUUAACAUUGUGUGAUUAAUACAAGGAAAACAAAUUAAACGUAGUCAUUUUAUACUAACAUAAAA